AUGAAGCCGCCUAAAGCACGUACGCCGGUUACGAUUCUCAAGUUCAAGAGAUCUCGUUCGACGUAUUCGAUUCCAUUGAUUCUCGACAAGAAGACGCUUAACCAAGAAACACUCAUCACUGCUUUGAAGAAUGCCAUUAACUCUUCUGGGGGACUACGUAUAGUCGACAACCUUGAUGUGGACGAGGAAGGUAUUCCACCUCCAGAAGAAGAAGGCGUGGAGGUUACUGCUGAAGACUUGCUGCUUGCCUUGCCUAAAGACAGAAGUGCUCCACAUGAGAACCAGUGGUACCCAGUGGAGGACGAUAAGCAAUUAGAAGAUCUCGUGUUUAAUGACUACGAUUUAAUUGCAUUCAAGUUCGCAGAUGACCAGGAGUUCCGUAUUGAGGAAUCAGAGUUUGGUGAACAACAGGAGUAG